CAUGUUGGAUGGAUGGAACGCGGUGACCGGCAUAGUGGUGUUCCCCUUGGACGUUAGACGUCUCCUACCGACUCGCCUACACUCAUCCUUUGAAUAAUGCUGAUGAUCUUUCUGUUUCGUAGGGUCGCGGUCCGAAGAAGCAUCUCAAGCGUUUAGCCGCCCCCAGCUCGUGGAUGCUGGACAAGUUGUCCGGUACCUACGCCCCUCGCCCUUCCCCUGGUCCCCACAAACUCCGCGAAUGCCUUCCCCUCGUCAUCUUCUUGCGCAAUCGUCUGAAAUAUGCUCUGACCGGGCGUGAGGUCAACUCGAUCGUCAUGCAGCGCCUGAUCAAGGUUGAUGGCAAAGUGCGGACGGAUACAACCUACCCCGCCGGCUUCAUGGAUGUGAUCACCCUGGAGAAGUCAGGCGAACACUUCCGUCUCCUUUACGAUGUCAAGGGUCGUUUCACCAUCCACCGCAUUACCCCCGAGGAGGCUACGUACAAGCUUCUCAAGGUGAAGAAGCUUGCCAUCGGUGCUAAGGGUGUACCAUACAUCGUGACCCACGAUGGACGCACCAUCCGUUACCCCGACCCUCUGAUCAAGGUUAACGACACCGUCAAGUUUGAUCUUGAGACUGGGAAGAUCGUGGACUUUGUCAAGUUUGACACCGGCAAUGUUGCCGUGAUUACUGGUGGCCGUAACAUGGGCCGUGUCGGUACCAUUGUACACAGGGAAAAGCACAUUGGUGGCUUCGACAUCGUCCACGUGAAGGAUGUUCUUGACAGGGACUUCGCUACCCGGAUAGGUAACAUUUUCGUCGUUGGUGAGGGCGUCAAGCCAUGGGUCUCUCUGCCCAAGGGCAAGGGUGUCAAGCUGUCCAUCGCUGAGGAGCGCGAUGUGAGGAGGAAGCAGCGCGAGGCCGUAUGAGUGCAGUGUCUCCCAUGGUUCCAUAGCUUAUCGAGUUGGUGUUAUGUGCUGCCUAGCCUACUGUAUUCCAUGCAAAGCUAGUGACAGCUUAUUCUUGAUACAGUAACGCAUACAGAUACAACAACAUACAGGAAUAUCCUAUCCUCUUGACACACCGGUUACUACGAUGGUGGCCGGUCUCUUGAUCACCUUCCACCCAUCCUGCUGUAACGCCCUGAACACUGCGGGACCAAGCACACUGUGCUGAUUAACAGAAUGCUUCCCAAGGCCAGUGAUGAUGGUAAAUGAAUGGUUGGGAGCAUAUCCGGAGGUAGAUGAACUGUACCAGGCAUUCACUGCCUCCCUGGCCACAUGCAAUGCCUCCUGCAAGGUAAAGCCGUGAAGAUCGAUCGUGUUGGGAUCCUUCUGAUUCUGGCGCAGCUGAAGCCUUGCAGCUUUGAGCGCCCAUUCCCGACUUUUCUCCUCAAGCUUGCGACCUUCCUCCGCAUAGUAAAACGCUACAUCGCCUCCCCGGUCCUGAACUGUUCCGGCCCGCCAAUGACGCCCAGCAGCCCGCACGGCUUCA